AUGGCAACUUCCUCUGACAAGCCCCCGAACAGUCUCGAGACUCUCGACGAUGGCCGCCCACGAUUUCAUGGCUGUUCCAGGAUCCAGCAGUACGACUAUAUCUGCAAACUGGGUGAAGGCACUUUCGGCGAGGUCUCCAAAGCAAAGUCAAAAAGGACCGGUCAGGUCGUGGCCUUGAAGAAGAUUCUUAUGCACAACGAGAAGGAUGGCUUCCCCAUAACAGCCUUGCGAGAAAUCAAACUGCUCAAACAGCUGGAUCAUCCCAAUAUCUUGACUCUGGUCGAAAUGGCCGUGGAGCGGCCGAAGAAUGCGGCCAAAAAGACCAGCAUGUUCACCGUCACGCCCUACAUGGAUCACGACUUGUCUGGCUUGCUGGAAAACCCCAAUGUACACUUUACAGAACCUCAGAUCAAGUGCUACAUGAAGCAACUGCUGGAAGGCUGUGCGUAUUUACACGAGAACAGAAUCCUGCAUCGAGAUAUGAAGGCUGCCAAUCUGCUCAUCAACAACUCGGGACUCUUGCAGAUUGCUGACUUUGGUCUGGCCCGACCCUACGACGAUGAGCCACCGAAGCCAGGUCAGGGCGGCGGCGAGGCCACUCGAGAGUACACCACAUUGGUCGUGACCAGAUGGUAUCGGCCCCCGGAGCUUCUUCUCCAGUUGCGACGAUACACUACCGCCAUAGACAUGUGGGGAGUAGGCUGUGUUUUUGGCGAGAUGUUCAAGGGCAAGCCGAUUCUUGCAGGCAACUCGGAUCUGCAUCAGGCCCAACUCAUCUUCGGCCUCGUGGGAGCCCCCACUGAUGAAACGAUGCCGGGUUGGCGAGAGCUGCCAGGUGUGGACGGCACAAUCGAGUUCCCGCCACGUCCCUCCACACUGCGAAGGGAGUUUCGAGAUCAGAGCAACCUUGCCAUUUCUCUUCUCGAGGAGUUUCUGCGACUUGACUGGCGAAAACGGAUCAAUGCCAUUGAUGCACUCGAGCAUCCGUACUUCCAUACUGAGCCUCUUCCUGCUCGACCAGGUGAUCUGCCUACGUUCGAAGACUCUCACGAACUUGAUCGAAGGAAAUUCCGCGAUCAAAAGAACAAGCCUCCUCCAGCACCGGCCGGUGGCGACGUCGGUGUUGGGCCGCAGGGCGAGUGGGGAAUCAAUGGGAGACCUUUGCCUCCGGACCAGAGAGGUGGUCGCCCGCCAUACGCUAAUGGCUACGGCAGACGACAUGAUAGAGGUCCAGGACGCGAUAGAGGUGGUCAUCAUCCCCCAGCCGACCACCGACACGGCCCUCGAGAUCCUCGUGAUCACCCAAGGGAUCGAGACCACCAGCGUCAUCCAGGCCCUCCACCAGAUUCAUACGCUAGGAGACCUCCGCCUCCAGCUGAAGGCCUUCCCCCACGACCACCUCCACCUCGUGAUGAUCCUUAUCGAGAUCAGUACCACCAAGCCCCUCCACCUUUCCGGGACGACGAUCGUGGGCCACCGGCUCGUAUCCCUCCCGUCCACGUUGACCGCCGCGUUCCACCCGGCCGAGGUGGCCCGCGUGACGCUUUCGCACCCGACUACACUCGCACCGACCCCAAUCGCCGACCCCGAAAUGACCCCGAUCAUCCUCGUUACGCUCCCGCCCGUCGGAACUCUCGCGAGUAUGUAGAGCCAAUCCGCUAUGAUGAUAUACCACCACCACGCUACGGAGCCGGUCGGCGUGGCUCAAGAGACUACGAUGAACCCCCGACGAGGUACGACGACCGUCCGCCACCACCAAGGAGAGGCUCGAAUGAUUACGACGACGGUCCCGUGAGAUACCAUGAGCCUCUCCCUCCACGAGGCAGGCCAGAAGGCCCGCCAGAUCAUUACGAUAGACGCCGGAGUCGCAGUCCUCGGGGCCGCGACUGGGAUCGUCCACCAAGGGACCGAGACCGGGACCGGGAAUAUGACUACGAGAGAAGAGGCGAUUAUCGGCGCUAG